CGCCCCUCCGCCGCCCCGCACCCCGCCGGCUCCAGCGGGGCGGCGCGGGGAAAGGAGGGGAGGGGGCUCCCCGCCGGGCCGGGCCGCCGCCUCCCCUCAGCGUCGCGGGGAAGGGGCGCGGCCCGCGCGGCGGUACCUCAGCUCCCGGCGCGCGCGACACUCACUACCGGCCGCCGCCGCCCCGCCCCCGCGCUGCCGCCGCCGCCGCCGCCGAGCGGCGCGUCGCUUGGCCUGGCCUCGCCUGGCGCGGCGGCAGGGCGCAUGCGCGCGGGGCGCGCGCGGGCGGUUCCGGCGAGGUCGCGGUGACGUGUCGACGCCGCAGCCCGGCCCGGGACGUGGGGGGUGCCGCGGGGGGGGAGGGGGCGCCGGCCGCACCGACCCGACCCGGCCCGGCCCGGCCCGGCCCUGCGCAGCCCGGCCGUUAUCCUCGCGCGGCCGCCGCGCCCCGCCAUGUUCAACGUGGAGAGCCUGGAGCGGGCCGAGCUCGGCGAGAGCCUCCUCACCUGGAUCCAGACCUUUAAUGUUGAGGCACCAUGCCAGACCGUGGAAGAUUUAACGAAUGGGGUUGUGAUGGCCCAGGUUCUUCAAAAAAUAGAUCCAGCUUACUUUGAUGAAAACUGGUUAAACAGGAUCAAAACAGAAGUAGGAGAUAAUUGGAGGCUAAAGGUAAGCAACCUGAAGAAAAUUUUAAAAGGGAUAUUGGAUUACAAUCAUGAGAUUUUAGGGCAGCAGAUUAAUGACUUCACCCUUCCUGAUGUUAACCUCAUUGGAGAACAUGCUGACGCUGCAGAGCUUGGAAGAAUGCUUCAGCUCAUUUUGGGAUGCGCUGUGAACUGUGAACAGAAGCAAGAAUACAUCCAGACCAUAAUGAUGAUGGAAGAAUCAGUUCAACAUGUUGUCAUGACAGCCAUUCAGGAGUUGAUGAGUAAAGAGUCUCCAGUCUCUGUUGGAAAUGAUGCUUACGUUGACCUUGAUCGUCAGCUGAAGAAAACUACAGAUGAAUUAAAUGAAGCACUAGCAACAAAAGAAGAAAUUGCCCAGAGAUGUCAUGAGUUAGAUAUGCAGGUUGCAGCCCUUCAGGAGGAGAAGAGCAGUUUACUUGCCGAGAACCAGAUCCUGAUGGAACGUCUGAACCAGUCUGAUUCCAUUGAAGAUCCCAACAGCCCCGCAGGCCGUAGGCACUUGCAGCUGCAGACCCAAUUAGAACAACUCCAAGAGGAAACAUUCAGAUUAGAAGCUGCCAAAGAUGACUAUCGAAUACGCUGUGAAGAACUAGAAAAGGAAAUUGCUGAAUUGAGACAACAGACAGAAGAGCUUACUGCUUUGGCAGAGGAGGCUCAGUCCUUGAAGGAUGAGAUAGAUGUACUCAGGCAUUCUUCUGAUAAAGUGGCCAAGUUAGAAAGUCAGGUAGAAUCAUACAAAAAGAAAUUGGAAGACCUGGGUGAUUUGCGACGGCAAGUGAAACUCUUAGAAGAGAAGAAUACAAUGUACAUGCAAAAUACUGUGAGUCUGGAAGAGGAACUAAGGAAGGCCAAUGCAGCACGUGGUCAGCUGGAGACAUACAAAAGACAGGCAGUUGAACUACAAAACAGAUUAUCUGAAGAAUCCAAGAAAGCUGAUAAAUUAGAUUAUGAAUGCAAACGGCUGAAAGAAAAAGUAGACAGCCUGCAAAAAGAAAAAGAUAGGUUAAGAACAGAAAGAGAUUCUUUGAAAGAAACUAUUGAAGAACUCAGAUGUGUGCAAGCACAGGAAGGUCAACUCACCACUUCAGGUUUGAUGUCCCUAGGCAGUCAGGAGCCUUCAGACAGUUUAGCAGCAGAAAUUGUUACUCCUGAAAUCAAGGAGAAACUCAUUCGCCUUCAGCAUGAGAAUAAGAUAUUAAAGCUGAACCAAGAAGGCUCUGACAAUGAAAAGAUCGCCUUGUUGCAGAGUCUGCUUGAUGAUGCAAAUUUACGGAAGAAUGAAUUGGAGACGGAGAACAGGUUGGUAAAUCAGAGACUUCUAGAAGUGCAAUCCCAGGUUGAAGAACUACAGAAAUCUUUGCAGGAUCAAGGCUCAAAAGCUGAAGAUUCAGUUCUUCUGAAAAAGAAACUAGAAGAACAUCUUGAGAAGCUCCAUGAAGCUAACAAUGAACUACAGAAGAAACGAGCUAUUAUUGAGGACUUGGAACCAAGAUGUAAUAACAGUUCACUGAAAAUUGAAGAAUUACAAGAAGCUUUGCGGAAAAAGGAGGAAGAAAUGAAGCAAAUGGAAGAGCGAUACAAAAAGUAUUUGGAAAAGGCCAAAAGUGUCAUCCGUACCUUAGAUCCUAAACAAAACCAAGGUGCAGCUCCUGAGAUUCAGGCUUUGAAAAAUCAGUUGCAGGAACAGGACAGAUUGUUUCAUUCAUUAGAGAAAGAAUAUGAAAAAACAAAGAGUCAAAGAGAAAUGGAGGAGAAGCUUAUCGUUAGUGCCUGGUACAAUAUGGGAAUGACUCUGCAUAAAAAAGCAGCAGAAGACAGACUGGCUAGUACAGGCUCGGGACAGUCCUUCUUGGCUAGACAGAGGCAAGCCACGAGCACAAGGAGAUCUUACCCCGGUCAUGUCCAGCCCGCAACAGCAAGUGAUGUGGUUGCAUGACCUGCAGCAUUAUUAUAACAGGGACUGUUCAGUGCAUGACUUGCUUUUCUGUCCAGACUGCAUAACCAAAACUUAACCAGUUCUACACUUAAGACUCACGGGCAUCUGAUUUCAAAGCGAGAGAUCCACUUGCAGAGAAACUUACCAUCUCGGGGAGUGGCUUUCCCAUUUCCCACCUCUAUUUUCUCUCUCUCUUCACAAAAAGUCUCCUAUGAGGCUAGAAGAGAGAAAAUCCAGUAUUCAGAGCUCCACAGAAGUCAUUCUGCAAACUGACAGAGCACUGUCAGCUCCACAUUUUACUUCUGUCUAUCCACUUAAUUCCGAUUAACAGUAUUAACACGCAGACUUCCUGCAACAUUUUCAUGUACUGAACUAUAAAAGUCUAGUUUCAGUGAGUUCAUGAAAGCACCUUUUGGUUACUGUAACAGUUUUAAAGCAACUGCACCCUUAAUGGAUCUGCUUGGAAUCUUUAAUUAAUUAAAAGUAAAGCCAAGAAGGUGUUCUCAGAGGAGAAAUGACUAAUGAAUCACUGCUUGGCCAGCCCAUCUUCCUUAGAAAACCAGGCAAGAUUCAUCCGAUAAUCUCCGAGCCAGGCAAACUAUUGUGCAGCAUUUUGUUCACAGACACUGCCUGCUUAUUAUGUAUAUACACAGUAGUUUGUGGCUGUUGUAUUUUUCUGUCUACAUUUUAGCUGUGUCGUAAGUUUCUUUGAGACCUUUUUUUCCAAUCUAUGUACAAUUGUUAAACAAUCUGAGGAAAGAACAUGAAUGGAGAUAACAAGUAUGAAAGCAGUCUACAAUUUCAGUAUUAUGCAGAUUGUCCUUGCCAGUUUAUAAUUUGGGUUGUUUAUCUUUUAACCUGUACUAUUAUCUUUUUUCCCUUAUCCCAGUCUUAGCUAUUUCAUUUCCAAUUGCACUAGCAUGGCUGUUUCUUUGUAUUAUGAAGUUUCGCGAUAAGAUUUUUGCCGUAUGUAGACAGUGUAACUCAAAAUGCUUUGUGCUGCCUAUAUUAAUUUAAAAAGCUGCUUAUUUAAUAUUCUUAAAUAUCUGCACAUUUGUACUACUGUAUUUUCAUUUUGUGUUGGACAUCCAGCACCGGCAAGACUCAGAAGAUGAGCAAGUGCUGUUGUGUUCUAGGUUAAGACAUUUAUUGUAUAGGAGUUAGUGUGUAACAUAUGGGGGACGGGGCUUUUAAGCCAUAGGACUUGCCAAAAAAUCUGAAAAGAGUGAAUGAUGAGUACUUUAUGUCGUUUGGUUUAAGUCCAGUUUUAGAGAAACCGCAUUCUUGCUCACUUGGAUCUUAAUCCUGCAAAAACACAAACGUGUCUUUACUCUGCUUACUCCAAGACUGGCGUUGUGCGCUCAGGCCCACAGCUGUAACCACGAGCCCCGUUUCUCACGUGAGCGUCCCCGUGCUGGAGAAAUGUUGUGCCCGCUAGUCCCUGCAGUCCCUCCCGGUCACCAGACGGAGCACGUCCCUGGCCCUCAGAGGCGGCUCUGGGCAGGGCUGCAACCCCUGCUCCGAGGCCCUGGCGCUCGUUCGGUCCACAGAGACCCUGAUACCCGCCGUCUCGGUAGCGAUGUGCAGCGUGACUUGGAGAAAGAACAGGUCACGUCCCCACCUCUGUUGCACAGGAAGGUGGCUGCCCCGGGGAGGGGAAGGGCAGCCGAGGACCAGGCGCCAGGCUGACCGUGCAGCAGACGAACGUUGAGAUCCCGAAGAGCGGGUGAGGCUUGCUCUCUCCUGGGUGAGAUCCUGUGGCUGCCAGAUGCUCUUUGGCCAACAGCAGUCUGGGAAGGCUCCCUGCCGUUUAGGAGGCAGGAGCAUGUCUUUCCUGGUCCACCAGGAUCCAGGAGUGGCGAAGGCUGACUUGACCCGUAGGAAGGAUCUGAGGCCCGAGCAGGGACGUGCCCUGUGUUCCCGCAGCAGAGGCGGGAGCACCUCGGUCAGACUGAGUCCUGCAGAGCUAAAGGAUUUGGGUCUUGUCGGGUCCUGGCUGUUGAUGCCUUAUUAAGCCUUAGGGCAAGCUGUAUUAGCAAAACUUCUCUUUGAACUGGGUGCCUACAGGCAUGGUUUGCAUCACGUUUGCAAGUGCUGCUGUGCUUGGGACCAUGCGCCUUCCCAGGCCUUGCUGGUGCGGGUCUCCCAAAGCCGGUGUUCCCGUACGUGGUGGAGGGGUGGCUGGCUUUGCUGCGCCUGUCUGGUGGGUGUCCCGGGGUGAAGCGGGGUUCAUUUCUCCAAGUGGUCUGUGCACGUGAGAGACUGUGUCAGUUGUUCUUGAGCUUGAAGUCAUUUAUAUGUAAGUACGUUUAGCUUGACAAAAAUUGUCAGCAGAGAAAUGCCAGGUGGAGCCAGUAACUUUCAGCAAACGAGCUGGCUGUUUGAAUUAGAUUAGCCUAGCACCUCUGUCAUGAUGUUUUUGCCAGCUCGCAACUCAGAAGUGAUCUCCAGCAUGUCUGAUAUACUAACUUCAUUUGUGCUGCAUAGAAAACUCUUUUACUUUCUUAAUAGCAGCUUGUUUGACAGUCCUGAAUUAAGUGUUGACCAAUUAUCAAAGUAACUGUUUGUGAAAUUGCCAGUGAUAUAUUUUUUUCUGUAAGAAAAUGGAUUCCUAGAGUGUCAAAACAUUAAUUUCCCAUUUCAGUUCACCUAUGAAUUCUGUAACUACCAGAUUGUCAUGGUAGCAGUAUUAAUAUAUACAUAUCUGUAUAUAGACAAAAAAUUCUCAGUGAUGAUCAUUAGAAUUAAAAUGUUUAAUAUUUUUCCCAGUGGAAUACACUAAUGCUUCCAAGGUUACUGAAGAGUGUACAGUUGUUAAACAAGUUGUAAAUAAAGGCUUAUAUAAAAUGUAAA